UGCUUGUUUCAUGGAUUCGGAACCGCCAAGAACAAAAUGAAAGCAACAUCCAUACUUGAGCAGCUCGCCAACGAAGGCCACAGCGACAGCCAGUUUUGGAUCGGAAGCUGCUACUACUGGGCCCGAGGAAAAUCAGUAGACAGACGCAUGGCAUUCGAGUGGUACAGCAAGUCGGCCAGCCAAGGCAACUCCAACGGGCAGUGGAUGGUUGGUUGGUGCCACUAUUAUGGACAUGGAGUCACCGAGGACUACACCAAGGCAGUCGAGUGGUAUCGCAAGUCGGCCGAGCAGGGCAAUCGAUACGGACAAGAUUAUCUCGGCCUUUGCUACCAGGUUGACGCUGGUGUCCCCGAGGACGCCAAUACCGCCGUUUUCUGGUAUCGCAAGUCCACUGAGCAGGGAUUCCGAUAUGCCAGCUUCAACCUC